CUGUUUUGCGAUAAAUGUCACGCAAUUGUUUUGGGCUACCUGUUUUGCGUUACUUUGUACAGCGCGAGGGAAGCGUCCGCACGCUCUCUGCACUCUGUCGGGGCCGUGGGCAGUUGACGAAGAAGUGGAUCUGCUGAAGACUUUGAUACUAGUUUAAGAAAAAAUGAAUGAAGAAAAGGACAGUAGUGGACCACAUAGGAGAUUUGCAUCACCCUGGCACCUUAGCGAUGUAGUGCUUGAUGUCCAGGGACGUAAAUUCUAUGUCCAUCGAUGCAUAUUAUCAAUGAAUUCCGUCUUUUUUGAGACAAUGUUCACAUCAGACUUCAAAGAGAAAUCUGGUGCAGAGAUCUGCUUACCUGGAAAAAGUGCCAAAGAAAUUGGAGUUCUACUUAACAUGGUAUAUUCUGAGAACAAAGAGUUGAUGGUGACUUAUGACAACAUUGAGUUUCUUCUGAAACUCGCCGAUGAGUACCAAAUGGAUAAAAUCAAGAAAAUUUGUAUUGAUUUCAUGGCAUCCAACAUCAAUGAAUAUCCCGACAACUGUCUUUACUUUUGCCAAAUAGCUGAUCAAUGCUGUCUUACAGAAGAUGAAUUUAUCAAGAAGUGCUUAGAAAAAGCUAAGUGGCUUCCACUACCAAUCAUCGAGAACAGCAAACAUUUUGCACAACUGAGUUCAAAACUGACUAUUCAGCUCUUGCUUGAGAAAAUCAAAGUUUUGGAGAAAAAUAGUGAAGUUUUGCAGGAACACUACUCAACUUGUUCUGAUCUUGUUGGGGUUCUUUAUCAGUCUGCUUCGAAGUGCUCAGAAAAGUUCAAGCAAUUCCGAUGCAAAUCAAGUCAUCAUUCCARUGAGCCAGUGUCCUCGUUUGUACUUGAUUGUAAAGAAUGUCUGUCAAAACUAGAGAAAUCCUGGCCWACUAGUAAACCAUAUAAAGCAAUYGAAACAUCAAUUAAGAGGUUGCGUUACCUGGAAACUUACUUCAAACUUGCUGCUGAUCCAAGGCUUUGACUUGAUUGUGAAAUCCUUUAAAAACAUGAUAUAAUGAUUAUUGUUAAUUUUCUAAUGAUGUUAAUCAGCUUUCCCAUCACCACAGGCAGUAAUCCCAAUCAAACAAAUGGGAUGGUAUAAACUUAAUUUUGAGGCA